UUUUGUCAGCGACUGAGCAGGUUCUGACCAAUGGGAUGCAUUCUUUCACGCGAGGCGUGACAGCACGGUAAACAGCGGAAGAUUCAACUCGAACAUGGCAGCGGAAAAAGUUCCCAAAUACGACAGACAAAACAGAAGAGGCAUGGUGUGCAGUGUAGCGAUCAGCAUGGAAUCACCGGUGAACCGACGGCCCAUCAUCUUCAACCCGGACUUCUUCGUAGAGCGGUUGAGGCACGAGCGUCCACAGGCCUUCACGGAGCUGGUGCUGAGCAACAUCACGCGCCUCAUCGACCUGCCCGGCGACGAGUUCGCCCAACUCACCGGAGAAGCGGAGCCCAGACUACCAGCACCGGCGGGCGGAUUUCUGCGUUCUCUCAACUUCCUCAAACGCAAAGCAGAGAAAGGGAUGGUGUUUGGAUCGUCCCUGACGGAGGAGGGCAUAGCCCAGAUCUACCAGCUCAUAGACUACCUCAGCAAGAACCUCCAUGUGGAGGGCUUGUUCCGGGUCCCAGGCCACAGUGUUCGCCAGGCGGCCCUGAGAGAGAUGCUGAACACCGGGGCUGAGAUUGACCUGGAGACGGGGGCCUUCCACCCCAACGACGUGGCCUCGCUGCUCAAGGCCUUCCUGGGAGAGCUGCCCGAGCCGCUGCUCACUCACAGACACUACCACGCUCACCUGAAGAUAGCUGAGCUGACCCAGUUUGACCAGCAGGGGAACAAGACGGGCGUCCCGGACAAGGAGCGCCAGAUCCAGGCCUUCCAGCUGCUCUUCAUGCUGCUGCCCGCCCCCAACCGCAGCCUGCUCAAGCUGCUGCUGGACCUGCUGUACCACACGGCCCGGCAGCAGCACGCCAACAAGAUGUCCGCCCUCAACCUGGCCACCAUGUUCACCCCGCACGUCCUCUGGCCCAGGAACUUAACAGCCAGUGAUCUGCAAGGCAACAUCAAGAAGCUGAAUGAUGUGGUGGCCUUCUUAAUCAAACACUCACAGAAGCUGUUCAGGGCACCUGUCUAUAUCAAAGAGUAUGCCCGUUUAUACUUCACUGGAUCAAACACCCUACUGGCAAAGGAUGACCUGGCUCUGUGCUCUGGGGCGGGGGGCGGGGCUGGGGGAGGGGGAGCGGAGUUCAUCCCAUGCUCCACCUCCACGGGGUCAGGUGGAGGAGCAGGAUCGGGAGGCGGAGGAGCAGGAUCGGGAGGCGUGGUCCGUGCGGGCAGUCACACUGAGGUGGCUCUGAGGGAGCUGUACCAGCAGGUCAGCACCAUGCCUGAGUCUGCCAAGAAGAAGCAGCUCAUCAGACAGUUUGAGAAGCAGCUUCCUGGAACCCCCGUGUGUGACAUUCAGACGCCACCUCACAGCAGGAAGCAGCAUCACCGACGAUCGCGCUCCUUCGGUGGAAUCAUAAAAAGGAGGGUUCUAGGAGGCCAGGGUAGCAGCAGCCUGGAGACUCCAGGCCCCAGAGUUCCAGUGGAGAGCCAGGGCAAGGAGAACAACAGCUUCACAGGAAAGCCUCUGUCCCUGAAGAGGAUCUUCCUCUCUCCAGACCAGAGAGAGACGUCUGUCUGACCCUGCUUACACGCAGGAAAAGACGGCAUUACAGAGGAGAGGAAACAAGGGUGCUCAAAUGGAUCUUUUCCUUUCCAAACACCAAUGAGCCGCUGCAGUGGCCAGUCAAACCAAACAUUAUGUCAUAUUUCCAGUGUGGGUAGAUGGACCAAGUCAGAUCAUACAGAGCUCACCAGACAAACAUGGCUUCUGAACGCCAUUGACAUACUUAUUAUAUGCAAAACUGGAAAAUUGGUUGCAUGUUUGCGUUGGAGAACAUUUCUCUUUGUAGCCUUAGUGACUGGUCUUGUUUUUAUCCAGCUAUGACUGUAUGGUGCAUGGUAGCUCCAUGAACUCACUGUGAAAUUCAUUUUCUUCAGUUUUUUCUUAAUUUACUUAACGCUUUAAAUUAAAUAUUUGAGAUGUUAAACAGCAUUACAUUCCAUACUACCUGGAAGACUAGAUUUGAAGUGCAAAAAGCUUUGUUGUUUUUCCCCCUCUCUGAGCUGCCCUUGACCUUUAGCAUGCAUUCUGAGGUAUAAUUAAUUAUCUUUUGUGUGAAUUAUAAAGAUUUAUUGUGGUCCUAGACUGUUAUACCUGCUGCGGUUGGUCUGAGCUUUCGUAGAUUCAGCUAGGUGGUGACCCACUGCUGAAUUAGUUUCUAUAUGUGCCUUAAUUUCAUAUUUUAAGUAUUUAAGUUUUAAAUUGCAUUCUAUAUUUUAUUUAAUCAUAAUUUAAACAUCAAGCAUCAUCAUUUUCAUUAGCUGAAAGUAUACUUAGCCAGCUGUAUGUGUUUAGCUAGCAGCAAGAGUAGGGCUACAACUAACUCAAUCCAAUAUGGUUAAACUAUUCUCUUAGAUAAUGCUAGUACAGCAAAUCUGCUGCUAGCUUGCUGAAUGUGGUUAGCUAGUAGAGGAAGUACAGUAGAGCUCUAGCUAGCUGCAUGUACUUUACUAGCAGUGGGGAGAGGGCUGUAGCUAACUAGCAGUUUAUUGUCAGUGAGGAUAGGGCUGUAGCAAGCUAGCAUUGUGUGGUUAGCUAGCAGAAAGAGAAUAGUUGUUUUUGGAGCAUCAGUUGGUGAGGCAAAGCCAAAAGGGUAGUUCAUAUGUUUAUACAGUUGGUGUCAGCAUGUUUGUUGGGGAGCAGGUUCGUUCAGCCAAAGUCUUAAACUGUCAACACUGUGAUCUGUCUAUUUCAAACGUUUUUUUUUUCUGCCAAAAGAGCUUUCAUUCUCCUUGUGUUUUAUAAUCUUUGUCGUUGGUUUCACACAUUUUAUAACUUGUUUUUACUCGUGUUUUAUCUAUGCAAACUUUGAAAGAGGAGUUUACUUUCAUUAUGGUUUAUAUUGUUACAUGCAUGCAUAUCUGUCAGAGAGAACAUGUCAAGUCUGUCUUUUUUAAAGUUUUGACUUAUUGGGGGUAGCCAAAGUGGUGAGAACUAUUUCUGCAUUUCACACAGCCAGCUUAUUUCAACUGUUACAUAUUGAUACCUAAAUGUGAUUUAUACCUCGUAUCUCUGAUCAAAGAGAUGCAUAUUGUUUAUCACUGUGUUCUAAGUGCUAAUGUGAAGCUGUCCAACACUCCAGCAAUAAAAUACCCACAU